AUGUUGACAGCAGACCAACUCAACGGCUCCUCAGCCCAGGUCGCAGCACGGCCAAGUCACAAAUAUAAAAUCGCGAGCAUUCCAGCAGAUGGCAUCGGGCCAGAAGUUGUGAGUGCGGCCAUUGAGGUAGUCAAAAAGCUCUCAGAAACAAUGAAGACUUUCACAAUCGACUUCGAGCACAUCCCAUGGGGAACAGCAUAUUAUAAGAAAACCGGAAAAUACGUUGACGACGAUGUCUUAGAGCGCCUGAAGACAUAUGAUGCAGCUCUUUUCGGCUCGGUUGGAGCGCCCGAUGUUCCAGAUCAUAUCUCCCUAUGGGGCCUAUUGCUCGCUAUCCGUGGACCACUGCAGCUCUACGCAAAUGUGAGACCAGUGAGAGUCUUCCCCGGGACCUCAGCUCGCUUGCGAGACUGUAGCGCAGAGGACAUCGACUGGGUCCUCGUGCGAGAAAACGCCGAGGGCGAGUACUCAGGUCAUGGUGGGCGAUCACAUCGUGGCCAGUUAUGGGAAGUUGCUACUGAAGUCGCAGUUUUCACCCGCGUUGGCGUGGAGCGCAUCAUGAGAUUUGCCUUUGAGACAGCUCGAUCCAGACCCCGGAAACUCCUCACAGUCGUCACCAAGUCCAACAGCUUGCGGAACGGCAUGGUGCUUUGGGAUGAAGUCGCGCUCGCUGUCUCGAAGGAUUAUCCCGAUGUCAAUUGGGACAAAAUGCUUGUCGACGCCAUGACUGUGAGGAUGGUGAACCAACCAAAGUCACUGGAUGUCGUCGUCGGCACGAAUUUACACAUGGAUAUUCUGAGUGAUAUGGCUGCUGCACUGGCUGGUAGUCUUGGUGUAGCACCUUCCAGCAAUUUGGACCCCACGAGGAAGAACCCUAGUCUCUUCGAGCCUGUCCACGGAAGUGCUUUUGAUAUCACUGGUAAAGGAGUCGCUAAUCCGGUUGCUACAAUUUGGAGUGCUGCGGAGAUGAUGGGUUGGUUGGGAGAGUCUGAAGCGAGACUGAGGCUUUUGAAAGCUGUGGAGAAUGUUUGCGGCGCGGGGAUUUUGACUGCUGAUCUAGGAGGGAAGGCAAACACGAAGGAGGUUACGCAGGCUAUCUGUGCAGAGCUUGAGAAGCUGGCAUCUAAAUAA